AUGCAGGUCCCGCACAAGGAGCACCUGUACAAGCUGCUGGUGAUCGGCGACCUGGGCGUGGGCAAGACCAGCAUCAUCAAGCGCUACGUGCACCAGAACUUCUCCUCGCACUACCGGGCCACCAUCGGCGUGGACUUCGCGCUCAAGGUGCUCCACUGGGACCCGGAGACCGUGGUUCGCCUGCAGCUCUGGGACAUCGCAGGUCAAGAAAGAUUUGGAAACAUGACGAGGGUCUAUUACCGAGAAGCUAUGGGUGCAUUUAUUGUCUUCGAUGUCACCAGGCCAGCUACAUUUGAAGCAGUGACAAAGUGGAAAAAUGAUUUGGACUCAAAGUUAAGUCUCCCUAAUGGCAAACCAGUGUCAGUGGUUUUGUUGGCCAACAAAUGUGACCAGGGGAAAGAUGUGCUCAUGAACAAUGGCCUCAAGAUGGACCAGUUCUGCAAGGAACAUGGUUUCGUAGGAUGGUUUGAAACAUCAGCAAAGGAAAAUAUCAACAUUGAUGAAGCUUCCAGAUGCCUGGUGAAACAUAUACUUGCGAACGAGUGUGACCUGAUGGAAUCCAUUCAGCCUGACAUCGUGAAGCCCCAUCUCACAUCUCCCAGGGUUGUCAGCUGCUCCAGCUGUGCUAAAUCUUAG